CGCGGCGUGCUUGCUCUAUUAGAGAAUAUUCAAGCUAGUGAGCGUACUAGCGAGCUCCUAAAUAAAGUUGGCCGUCAAUUACUUUCCGUCAAAAAGCGAUUGGAGUAUUAUAUCAGAGGUAGAGGGUACAUAUUCUUACGAUAUCAAACUCAGUUGCAAAGUCCACAUUUAUCUUCGGGCGAUUAUUCGCCCUCGCUCUAUUUAUACGAAUCGGAUUCUAGUAGCUUUGAUAUCUUCGAAGAAAUAGAAUUGCGGCUAUUUAGCGAAAGCCUAUAG